AUGACAGGCCCCCGUGGCGGAAAGCCUCACGGGACCCCGGACCUUGAGACCCCCGGACCCCCGCUCCCCCGGACCCUGAGACCCCAGCCUCACGGGACCCCGGACCUUGAGACCCCCAGCCUCAAGGGACCCCGGACCUUGAGACCCCCGGCCCCCCGCUCCCCUGGACCCUGCCACCCCAGGACCCUGCGACCCCCAGCCUCGCGACCCUGCGACCCCCGUCCCCCCGCUCCCCCGGACCCUGAGACCCCCAGCCUCACGGGACCCCGGACCUUGAGACCCCCGGCCCCCCGCUCCCCUGGAUCCUGCCACCCCAGGACCCUGCGACCCCCAGCCUCGCGCUUCCCCGGACCCUGCGACCCCCAGCUUCACGGGACUCCGGACGCUGAGACCCCCGGACCCCCAUUCCCCCGACCCUGA